CAAACAGCCUGAAGUCGUAAAAACUACAAAUUUUUUAAGGUAGAGAAGCCGCGCCGUGCUGCCCGCUAGGGUUAGGUUUCCAUUGCCGCCGUCCCUGCGAGUACGGCAACACAAAAAAAUGCCAUCGCACAAGAGCUUCAAGAUCAAGAAGAAGCUGGCAAAGAAGAUGAGGCAGAACAGGCCCAUUCCUUCCUGGAUCCGCAUGAGGACCGGCAACACCAUCAGGUAUAACGCGAAGAGAAGGCAUUGGCGCCGCACGAAGCUAGGGUUUUGAGGGCCCUUUCUUCUUCAUUCGAUUGCCGUUUUGCCUUUUAGGUUCCUCCCAUCAAUGAAACCUCUUCAUUUCAUUCUGUUCCAGUUCACGGAAACUGCUCUUAUUUUUCGUGAUUUAUUGUGGAUUUAAUCAGAAUUUGAUAUAGUAUUUAUUUUUGAAA